CCUUAAGCUAUUAACUAUCAAGUCAAACGUUACCAAACCCCCCUUUCUUUCACAAUCGGAAACACGUCAAAGCCCAUACUCCUCUAGCCUUUUAGCAAAGCCCAAUAACUGGCACUAGGUAGGGUUUUAAGAAAUACAUAAAUUGCCAUAGCCUCUUUCAACAACAUUGCCUCAGAUUUGCUGCACAAUCUCUCAACUCUGUUUCGAAGCUUAUUACAGUCUAAGGACAGAUAUCCAGUGCAUAAUGUCUGGUGAAGAGCCUGUUGUUGUGGAGACUCCAGCUCCUGUUCCCGUACUAGGUGAGCCGAUGGACAUCAUGACUGCUUUGCAACUUGUACUGAAAAAGUCAUUGGCUAAUGGGGGUCUUAUUCGUGGACUUCAUGAGGGUGCAAAAGUAAUUGAGAAGCAUGUUGCUCAGCUCUGUGUGUUGGCUGAGGACUGUGACCAGCCAGACUAUGUUAAAUUGGUUAAAUCACUGUGCGCUGACCACAAUGUGAACCUGAUAACUGUUCCGAGUGCUAAGACCCUCGGUGAAUGGUCCGGUUUGUGCAAGAUUGAUUCUGAAGGAAAGGCCAGAAAGGUUGUCGGGGCCUCUUGUGUUGUGGUGAAGGAUUUUGGAGAGGAAAGUGAAGGUCUCAACAUUGUUCAAGAGUAUGUCAAGUCUCACUGAGGAGCUAGAGAGGGGGCUCUGAAUUGUCAACAACUUUUGAUAAGAGACUUGAUAUUUAUGUAGCACUUUUUCAGGACAAUGAUCCUCAUGAAGCAACAGAUUUCCCGAGUCUAAUUAUAUUUUUUACGUUGGGAUUUUUCAUUUGCUGGGUUUUUUCAGAGUUAUCAGUGGCGAUGAUUAAAAUUUGUAUGCAAUUGGAAAUCAGUUACCGGUUUGACUGGUUUCUUGUUUCUUUUUAUGCAAUCUCACAUUUCAGUAUUUCUCGUAAUGGUUAAUCCCAAGUUGUCACUUUAUUAAUAAAAAAAUCAUGUUCUCUCUCUCUCUGGAUAUGGCAAUAACAUGCUAGAGUUGGACGUCAAAUGUAACUUCUAUUUUGAAUUGUUUUAUAACUCUUAACGAAAUUUAUUAAUGUUUAGGCAUUUCCGUAGAUUGCCAAUGAGAUUUAAUUAUGUCUGUAGAAAGAGAUUCCAG